AUGUUGCUGCUGCCCAACAGUUGCAAGCUGUUGUUGUGCAUGUUGUCCAUCAUGUCGCAGCUCCACUUCCACCAGGAUUGUAUACACACUAUUUCUUCUCAUUGGGACAAUUUUGUCCUGUGUGAUGUUAUCCUCAGGAAUACAAGAUACCAUGGUAGAGAAGGUUCCAUUCUUUAAUGAAGCCUGCGAAGCAGCAACUUUAGGAACAAACUGUGAUGUGUUGGUUGGUUACUUGGCAGUUUACAGGAUUUGUUUUGGAAUGGCAGCCUUCUUCUUUCUUUUCAUGAUUCUUAACAUUGGGGUUGGCUCCAGUAAGGACUGUCGAGGUGGACUGAACAAUGGGUUCUGGGGCCUUAAGUUUAUUCUUCUCAUAGCUUUGUGGGUGGCUGCUUUUUUUAUUCCCAGAGGAAGCUUUGGAGUCGCAUGGAUGUAUAUUGGGUUCAUUGGUGCCUUUGUAUUUAUCCUUAUUCAACUGAUUUUGAUGAUUGACUUUGCACACACAUGGAAUGAGAUUUGGACAUCAAAUGCUGAAGAGACUGAUAACAAGUGUUGGUUUGGUGGGCUGUUUUUCUUCAUGUUCCUGUUUUAUGCUUUGGCACUGACUGGGUUUAUCCUCUCAUUUGUCUUUUUCACGCAGUCAAGUGGUUGUCAUCUGAACAAGUUCUUCAUCAGCUUCAACUUCAUAAUGUGUUUUGUCAUCUCAGCUAUUUCAAUUCUGCCCAAGAUCCAAGAAGUACAACCCAAGUCUGGUCUCCUUCAGGCCUCCAUCAUCUCUCUGUAUGCCAGCUACCUGACCCUAUCGGCUCUCUCCAAUGAACCAACAGAAAAAGUACAAUCUCAGGGAGGAAACAGCACCAGUGAAGAAAUUUGUGGGAGCUCAAUUGGGACAAUUGAAAACUCAGAGACACUGGCUUUAGUUGUUGGGCUUGUUAUAAUGUUUGUGCUUGUCAUUUACUCAAGUCUGAGAACAGUAGGAAGUGCAGAUAAACUGGCACCAUCAGCAGGGGCUAGUUCUAAAAAUGCUGAUGAGGAGAAAGGAGGGCAGGAAAUAAUAAGCGAUGAAGAGGAAGAAGUGGCUUACAGUUACUCCUUUUUUCACUUCAUUUACUUCCUGGCCUCGCUGUAUAUUAUGAUGAUGCUCACAAAUUGGUACAGUCCCCAGGGCAGCGAUCUAGAGGAUUUCCAGAGGACUUCUGGAUCAGUAUGGGUCAAGAUGAUAUCUUGUUGGCUUGGUUUUGCAUUGUACCUGUGGACACUUUUAGCUCCUGCCUGCUUUCCAGACAGAGACUUCAGUCGUACUCUUGCUGCAUAACAGAGCAAUGAUACAGCGUUCUAAACUUAGUGGUUAUUUUAAAGUAUAUAUCAUUGGUGUAUUAAAAGUUAAUAACAUGAUUUUGAGUAAAUUUUUCAAAGACAACAAAACUGCACAGGCCCGUAGGGCGAGUGCAAUUUGUAGUCUUUGAAAAAUUUACAAGUGCGUAUUACACCAACUUGCAAGAGAACUCAUGUUAUUACUUGUUAAUAAUGUUCGUGAAAAAACAUCACAGAAAGUCAAGACAGACGAAAUGCUUUAACUGAGCAUGUGCUAUUUGUAAUUUGCGCCCGUGUUACAACUUUGCACUCGUGUUGCAUUAAAAGGCAUUUGUUUUCAACCUGUCAGAAGCGGGUAAUUUUUUCAUGUACAUUAUUACUGACGAAAGUUUUGUAUAACUGCAUUUGUUUUGCUGGGGUUUACUCUCUAAUUAGUUUAAAGAAAACUCAUGCCACCUUCUCACCCAAUCAGAUGCAAGACUAAAAGCUAGGGCCUCUAGGUCACUCGUGCUUUGCGUUUUCAUUGGCUCCCUCGGAUAUAACCCCUUGCUCCGAUUGGCCUUCGAGAUAUUCGCGGUAGCAUUGACCGGUUUAGUUGAAAGUUGCUCCAAGCAAUAAAAUGAGGUUUAGAUUUUGGUGCAAGGAGUAACGCGAACCAAACUGUUCAGUCAGAGUUAUUAUUAGUAUUUUUUUUUCACAGAAGCUUGAGGUUAUAAGCUAAUGGCACUUCGUGGACUGCUAGAUCAUAUUUAUUAUAUGUACGAUAUAUAACUGUCGCGAAAAUGCGUCUGAGAAAGUUAACUGAUGGGAAGCAGUUUUAUAUUUGUGUAGUUAAACUGGAAAAUAAUCUUACUUGUAAUGCAAUUGUAAUUUUUAAAAAUA